CGGGUGCGGGCGGGCCCUGCAGGAGGGACAGCCCGGCGCUCGUGGUCGAGUCACCUUGCAGCGCGGCGGCAGGUUUCCCCAGUGGAAGGGCGAUGGCCGGGCUGGUCAACCUGGAGGACGAGGAGGAGGUGAAGGGCUACCUGGAGAACCUGGGCAUCGAGUACAGCUACCAGUGCUACAAGGAGGGCGAUCCGGACGGUUGCCAUCGAUUGGCUGAUUAUUUGGAGGGGGUGAAGAAGGACUUUGAAGCAGCUGCCAAGGUGCUAAAAGAAAACUGUGAAAAGAAUGAGAACAGUGAGAGUUGCUAUAAACUUGGAGCUUAUUAUGCAACUGGGAAAGGUGGACUCAGCCAAGAUUUGAAAGCUGCCUACAACUGCUUUCUGAAGUCUUGCGAAAAAGGUGGGAAGAAAUCAAUAAAUGCUUGCCACAACGUUGGACUUUUAGCACACGAUGGGCAAGUAAAUGAUGACAAACCUGACCCAGUCCUUGCCAGGGACUACUACACUAAAGCAUGUGAUGGCAGUUUUGCCCCUAGUUGCUUCAAUCUUAGUGCGAUAUAUCUUCAAGGAGCACCUGGGAUACCAAAGGACAUGAACCUGGCUUUGAAGUACUCUUUGAAAGCAUGUGACAUGGGUCAUGUGUGGGCAUGUGCCAAUGCCAGUCGAAUGUACAAACUAGGAGAUGGAAUUGAUAAGAAUGAUGCCAAGGCAGAGGCUCUGAAAAACAGGGCAAGAGACCUACAUAAAGAACAGCAGGAAGCUUCUAGAGCCUUAACAUUUGGGGAGUAAAUCCAAUUAAAUCAUUCACUGACUUCUAGAACUGCGCUUUUAAAUGGUGCAUAAACUUUAGCUGCAAACAAAAUCCCAUACCUAUUGCACUCACAAAAGAGGCAUCUGUAUGUACGUAUUUGCAUGUGCAAAUUUUUGGAUGUGCAACUGAUGCAUGUACAACUUUGGUGUACCAUUAUCUGAAAACUUGGCCCUUUCAUAUAGAACAGUUUUUUUCAGGCGAACAAACGUUUAGGGCCAAAUUUUCAAAGGCUCAGAGGAUCCAGCUUUUAAAAUUGAAGGUGCAGUUUUAUGUACUGACUUGUGGCUGCAAUCCUCCACAUCCACACAAAAGUGUAUGUGCAUAAUUACUCAAACCUGACUAUGCAAAACUGUGCCUGUAAUUUUAGAGACUACUUUGGAUAUUAUUACUGUGUCCGUAAGGAAUGCUAUAUAGAAGAACUUAUGUACUCUUGAGCACUCUUCUUUUCCAAAGACAAGCACUCACACUGAAAACCUAAACUUGAAUCAUCACAGGACAUGCUCCUUCCAUUGAUGCUGAAAUACACUGAUCACUGAAGGUGGUAUUUAUUUUGUCUUCUAAAGGUAGUUUCUUUAGUUGCACUUCUCUGUUUACCAAGGUUACAAAAGGGAUAUAACUUAGCUGACAUGGUGAUGAGUGAAGUUUUAAAACUCAGAUGAACAUAUAUAAAUCUUGAUUUCUUGAAAGUCCAGUAAAUCUUAUCUAGAUACUUCUGAAUGUCAUUAAGUAUCCUUUAUUUAUGUAAAUUGUUUUUAGUCUAUUACAGAUGGGUUCAAUGUUUUAUUGAAAAAUUCAAUUCUUGUGUAUAAUUUGAGUGAUUUUUAAAAGUGUGUGUGUGUGUAAGAGAGCCCAAAUCAAGAAAUCCUUACUCAGGCUAAACUUGAAUACUAGUCAUUGGGCAUUUUUGACUGAGCAAAGACUUCAGGAUGUGAUGUUUUAAUUAUAAAAAACAAACCUACAGUAAACUAUGGUGGAAUGUUUGUGUAUCUUACCACUAAGGGGCGCUUAUGUUCUAAAAGCCACACAACGCUUUCUUCGUUUGAAAUUAAAAAAAGAGGCAGCAGUAUAAUAGUGCAUUUUUGUAUGGCGGAGCUACGUGUCAUUUUUAUUUCCCUUAAGUGGUACCAAUUUCAAAACUGAGAGCUGUCCCACUUUACAAUAAACUCUACAUAUAUUUUAAGUAA